AAAAACAACAAAAAUAAAAAAUAAAUAAAUAAAGUAAAAAUUAGUAAAAUUAUGCUCUUGAGUUGUUCAAAACUUUAGUGUUAUUUUGUAAAGUAAUGCAAAGUCGUCGCUGUUAUUAAGUAAGUUUCCAGGUAAACAAAACAUUAAAACAUUUAAAUAUUGUGAGCAAAAGUGAAUUAAACUGAAUUCAGCUAAAACAACAGUGCGCUCUGCAGUAAGAAGUGACGUCGAAAUGCUUGAGCGUGUAUUAAACUAGACCAAAUUCAUGGCGAUAGGAAUUGAUGAUCGUGCAAAUUUCGUGUGUAUAUACAUAUAGCUACAUUGUUGAAAAAUAUCUACGAACACCUCACACUUAUAGACAUAUUUACAUAUAUGUACAUACAUAAACUCGCAAACAAGAAAAUGGGACUAUAAAUAAAAAUUUAGAAAGGCAAAAGGAGUUAAAAAAAUAUAUUACAAAUAAAGAAAAAUAAAACUCGCUGAUGUAUGAAUAAGAUUUUUGAUAAACACAAACUAAGAACUCAUUAAUUGUAUGGUAAUUUUUACAACAAUUUAAUUCGAUAAUUUAUAAAAAGAACGAAAUAGAGCUGUCGUUUAAAUAUACAAAAAAAUCGGAUAGCAAACGCGCAAUCAAUCACUUAUUUAAUAUCUCGAAACAACAUAUAGCCCACCGCUUCGUAACACUGGAACACUGCAAAAGAGUAUAUUUGUAUAUAAACUGCAUGUCUCAUCACUGGUAACAUCGAACAUCGUCAAACACUUCAACACUAACAAACAACGCAACACUUGCUGCCCAGCUCCGCUCAUUUUCUAUAGACCGGGAAGUGAGCACAACUGAACAAUCUUAAGUUUACUCCCACUAAGCGAAGAAUAUAUUUUAUUAAAGACACCGCUGUAAUCAUAUCUGACGCGGCAAAGAAAAUCGACUUGCCGCCAUCAUUAUCAUCAUCAUCGCUCUAUCAAAUUAGCAAAACCAAUCAUGGAUUUCGAUCAGAUACUCUCGAGAUGCGGUGAUUUCAAUCGCUAUCAAUUUAUGCUGUUAACUUUGUUCGGCAUCAUCAACUUCAUUGUCUCAUUGCAUUAUUUUACUCAAACUGUGAUAAGUUUUGUGCCCGAUCACUGGUGCUACCAUGAGAAAUUAGCGAAUAAGUCAUUCGAUGAGAUUGCGGAGAUCUAUGCGAAAUUUCCGAAUCCAUCAUGUACGCGUCUACUUGACAUCGAUGGUGCUAAUGUGACGGUGAGUCCGGAGAGUUGUACACGUUGGAUUUAUAAAUAUGAUUACGGUUAUCGGAGCAUGAAUACAGAGCUGAAUUGGGUCUGUGAUUCGGCGUACAAGGCGCGUAUCGGACAAUCGUUGUUUUUUAUUGGUUCCGUUGUGGGAACCCUUUUUUACGGUCUACUCUCGGAUAAGAUUGGUCGUUUGCCUGCGCUGAUACUUUCGAAUUUUUCCGGAUUUAUUGGUGAUUUUUCUACUAUAUUUUCGCAAAGUGUAACCACUUUCUCGCUCUGUCGCUUCAUAUCCGGCAUGGCGGCAGAUACAAACUUUUAUCUAAUGUACAUUAUCGUACUCGAAUAUAUCCGCCCAUCGAUGCGUACCCUCGGUUUGAAUUUGGCCGUCGGCGUUUUUUAUACAAUCGGUCUAGUCUUUACACCCUGGUUGGCCGUACUCGUUGGCCAUUGGCAACUCUACUUAGCUUGCACAUCACUGCCAAUACUCUCCGUAGUUCUCUAUUAUUUCAUCGUGCAGGAGAGUGCACAAUGGUUGGUCACAAGAAAUGAUGUGGAUGGUGCUAUAAAACGUUUGAAACGUGUUGCACGCUUUAAUAAACGUAAAGUGACACCAUCGGAAUUUGAGGAAUUCCGAAAACAUUGUGAAAAACAACGACAGAAAAUGGGUGGCGAUGAGCAGGUGCACGCAACGCUAUUGGAUAUGUUUAGAACGCCACGAAUGCGCAAACAUACGCUUAUUUUAUUCUUCAAAUCCAUGGUAAUCACACUCUGCUACGACGCAGUUUCACGUAAUGUCGAGGGCAUGGGCAUAUCACCGUUCGUUAUGUUCUCGCUAAGCGCCAUCGCCGUACUUCCAUCCAGCAUUAUAGUAAUACUGCUGCAGGAUCGUAUAGGACGUAAAGGUAUGGCGGCUGGUUCACUACUCGUCGGCGGCUUAUUCACCUCAAUGGCGGGCAUAGCUAUCGCCUAUCAACAACACAAUCACAAUGCCGUGCUGCUGGCGUGUCUGACAAUUGCCGCACGUUUCGGCGUGGCGAUUUCCUACGAAUCUGGUUCACAAUACGCCACCGAAUUGAUACCGACCUGCGUGCGUGGCCAAGGUGUGGCUGCGGUGCAUGUAGCAGGCUUUGCAGCAUCAUUCCUAGCCCCUUACAUACUAUGGCUGGGUACAUUCUUUAAAGCGGCGCCAUCUAUCAUUUUGGGUGUGCUCUUCUUCACGGGCUCGUUCGUAUGCUUACUGCUGCCUGAAACGCUUAACAGAACACUUCCAAAAACCGUCGAAGAGGGUGAAGUUUUCGGCAAAGGAGAGCGUAUGUUCGAUUUUCCAUGUCUCUCUAAAAAAGGCAAGCAUUCAAGCGACGACUCUGAAGAGGAAGCUUACGAGCGUAAGCAAUCGUUAACCGAUUUCGAACGCAGCAAUGAUUCGGCAGAUGAGAACCUCAACAGUACAGCGUAAAUUGCCGAGCGAUAGCGAAGACGCCUGAGCGAGUGUGUAUGUGUGUGUGUGCGUGCGUGUGUCUUCCUUAGGUGCUAAGCGGCAUUUUAGUAAAGAUUAUUAUUAGUAAACACAGAAGAAAAUGCGCGUUAACGGUUAUACAUAUAUAUUUAUGGAUUUUCUUGCACAUGAGCGAAAGCACACAUAAAACGUCAUUUUAUUUUUAUGAAUUAGUCUUACUUUAGUAAAUGUCCUUAGUUCUUAAGUACUUAUCAUUAUUAUUUAAUAUUCUAGGUAUUAAGUAAAUAGUCGGAAAAGGGCAUUACGGUAAAAAAAUUACAAAAAAAAAAAAAAAACGAGAAAAAUAACAAGAAGAAUUUAGGGAACCCGUGUACGUUUGGAAUACAUUCACCCAUACAUAUAUAUGUUAUGUAUAUAUAUAACUUAACAUAUAUACAGGUUUAUAUAUAUAUAUAUAUAUAUAUAUAUACAUUUUAAUAUGAUGCUAAAUAAAUCCGAUAAAACAUGUAUCCAUACAAACCAUAUAUACAAUACAUACACAUAUGCACAUACAUACAUACAUACAUAUGUAUAUAAAAGUGUGUACUCGCAUAUUACGUACACAUACAUAUGUAGCUCAAAACCUUACUAAUUACCCUUAGCAUUGGGCACAAUUUUACUUAAGCAGCGCUUUAAGCUAAAGUACUGAUUUCGAAGCUGAUUUACAAAACAGCAACAAAAAUAAAUAAAGCAAAUACAAGCGUAUAAA